GCGCGAGCUGGGGUGAGUGAUGGCGUUGUGGCCGGCCACGCUGGCGCUCAGCUUGGGCGGCCGCGCGCCGAUUCGGGCAGCGGUCGUGGCCCCCGCCACCCCGCGGGCCGUUGCCCUCCGGAUGGAGACGGAUGACGGGACGCCGCUCACCGACGCGCGCAAGAAGCGGAUCCAAUCUGACAUGAUCAACGGUAUGAUGCCGGGCGGCUGGGAUAACGACGACUACCUCGCCGCGACCAAGGCGAAUCCGCCGCCGCCGCCGAGCAACGCGGAGGCCAUCCACCAGGCGGAGGCCUACAUCCAGUACCUCGAGGACAAGGGCAUGGCCCGCCGGCCUGACGUGGAGGCGAUGCUCGCGGAGCUCAAGGCGGGCGCCGACUUCGCGCAGAUGGACGGGGUUGGCGACGGCAACAAGGCGGACCAGUACACGGAGAGCAUGAAGCGCGGCGGCGAGGCCGUCGACACGGACGCGAGUGCCGAGCGAGUGCGCCAGUACCAGCAGAAGCAGGCCGAGGCACGAGAGGCGCUCCUCGCAAGGCACGAGCCGCAGCCUGCCGCGCCGCUGCCGCCGCCGCCGCCUCCGCCGCCUCCACCUCCGCCGCUUGCCGCACCCGCUGCACCUCCCGCCGUCUCGGUCGCGGGCGGAGUGGUCAGCGGAACGAGCUACGCAGCGAUGGCCCCGGCAACGACCUCCGCCGCUGCGGCGCCGCCCGCUGCUGUCGCCUCCUCGGGAGGCGUCGCCAGCAGCGCGAGCUACUCGAGUCUCGUCACUUCUGCCCCCGCGCCGCCCCCCGCGCCGCUCCCCACGCCGCCGCCGC